UUCAUCAAAACAAAAACAUGUGUAUCAACAAAAACAUUAAACAGUAAACUGGAAUAAUUACCACACGUAAUAUGUCGCGGUCUCCAGAUGAACAGGAAACUCCAGAAACUGUAGAAACCAUAGUUGCAGUUGAUACCAGCUUUGAAAAUUUGAGCAACAAACUGAAGUUGAGUAAAGAUGUACGGAAUAAAGCUUGGGACUACUGGCAGAUUGUGGAGCAAGUAACUGCUGAUUUAAAGGAAAUAUCAAAGUCGGACCUGUUGGCAUGCUGCAUUUAUCAGGCAGUCAUUGAUACAAGAAUGCCAUAUGGUCCUACAGAUCCACAGUUACAAUGUGGUUAUAUUGGACAACCAGAAAUUACUAUCACAGAUCUGCUGAUGUCCUCAGAGAAGACAGUUACAUCACUGUUCCAAUCCAUGAAUGUUCUCAGAGAUGUCAUCAGUAUCAGCGAAGCUGUAAAGUACCACCUGACACAGCUGGAGAGGAAGUUUUGUAUUGUAUCUGGUAUCUUUCAUACUUUUGAAAGAGUAUGUAAGACUGUGUUUAGAGAAGAGGAAAGCAGGGACAUGAAAGAGCUAUCAGUACCAGAUUUUAAAGAAAGAAAGACUUUGUGUUGGGUUCUGUUCCUGUUAACAAAAGGUGCCCUAUUAACAGAUGAUUUGUUAGUAGAUGCUUUCUUCCUUUUGAUAUGUUGUGUAGAUUACAUCAUAAGAUCAACACCAGCAUUUCAACUUAAUCCUCCUUUAGACAACAUGAAAAUUACAUCAACAGAAAACGCAGACAUUCAAGAAGUUACUAUGUUGCAGAAAUUAUCAGAAAUAUUUGGCUUGAGUUUUGAAGAGGUAUUAACAGUACAGGUAAACAGAACAGAAUCUUAUUUUGGAUCAUUGCCCCAUAUUGACGGAGAACUUAAUGUGACAUUACUGAAGGAGAAAUAUAGCACUGCUUACAGACAGGAAGGAGAUAUUGAUGAAAUGAUGUUUCUUACCAGGGAUCCUCAUAUUCUACCACAGGAACAAAAUGGGAUAGAGACGAAAUCACUUUUAAACAAUAAUGAGACUUCAAUGACACCUGUCAGAGCAGUUCUUGACAACAUACAAGAAUUAAAGAAUAUACUGACAAAUGCUGGAGAUGAACCAAGUCAGGUUCUCAGUGAAUAUUUCCAGAAUUGUUCAGUGAAUCCAUAUUCGUCCAUACUUAAUCGCACUGAGAAGAUGAAAGAUGUGUUUAUUAGAGAGUAUGUUAGUUUAACCAAUGAUAAUCACAGACCUGUGGCUAUACAGAGAUACAUGUUAGCACAAAGGUUGUACUAUAGAGUCAUGGAAGCCAUGUUAAACUAUGAGAAAGAAAGACUAUCACAAACAGACUUCAGCAAGCUACUAAAUAUUGAAAAUUUUCAUCGGAGUCUUUUGGCAUGUUCCAUAGAAAUAGUGCUUAUGACGUAUGGAAGAUCUUGGAAUCCUUCCACCAAGAAAAUGGGAUCUGAUGACUCAAAAUUUUCCUUUCCAUGGAUUUUAGAGCUGUUUAAAUUACAUCCUUAUGAUUUCUACAAGGUUUUGGAGAGUUUCAUCAAAGCAGAACCUGUGUUGACAACAGAUAUUAUAAAGCAUCUACAAAGCACAGAAAUUAAAAUUCUAGAGUGCUUAGCAUGGAAACCAGAUUCACCACUAUUUAGUCUGUUAGAGAGUACAGAAGUUACUACAAUGCCCAUGUGUUCUCCAUCUCCAAUACCAGUAGAAACAACUUCUUCAGCAGAAUUGUAUUUAUCCCCCAUGAGAACUCCUAAUCGUAGAGGUGUAUCGCCAUGUCCACCAUCACCAAGAAAACCACUGCCGUCACCUAGGAAAUCAUUGCAGUCACCUAGAAAAUUUGGAGAUAACAGUCCAGAGAAGUCUAUGCCAAAGAAAUCUCAGUCCUUGAAUUUAUUUAUAAACAAAGUUUGUAGAUUAGGUUACCACAGAUUACAGCAGCUGUGUACCAGUUUACAAAUCCCCAAAGAUCAGCAACACAAAAUAUGGACUUGUUUAGAGUAUUGUAUAUCAAGGAAACCAUUGCUGUUGAAAAACCGACAUUUAGACCAGAUUCUUUUGUGUUCUGUGUAUGGUAUAUGUAAAGUAGUAGACAGAGAAAUCAAAUUUAAAUUUAUUGUCCAGAUGUACAGAGAAUUACCUCAUGCUGAACUCAAAGUUUAUAAGAAUGCUUUAAUAGAAGGAUGUGAGUACGACUCAAUCAUUGGUUUCUACAACAAAGUCUUCAUGCAAAACAUGAAAUCCUUUAUCUUACAGUUCCAAGCAUCGAAAGUAAAUACACCAGCAUUAUCCCCAGUGCCAAUACCAAUGUCAUCACCACUGGCUUCACCUGUUUUUAGUCUUCCAAACAGAAAACAUUUUUAUAUUUCACCGUUGAAAGAUUCUCCAUUCAAGGCCCCAUCUUCACCUAGUCAGAUGACCCCUAGAUCCAGACAGCUAUACAGUUUUGGUGAAGGUGUUGGUUCUGGAGAAAAGUUGCAAAAGAUCAAUGAGAUAGUAUAUAAAGCUAAAGGAACUACACCAAAGAGUCACAAAAGACUUAGAUUUGAACAACUGCCUGAUGAAAGUGCUCUAAAUGGCUCAAAUGACGUUCCUGAUCCUAUUGUUAUAAAGAAGUCGAAAAUGUCCUCCAAAGUGUUGACUUUCAGUUCACAAGAAGGAAAGGAUAAAUCAACUAAAGAACAGAGUUGAGGAAUGCUUGAUAUUAUUUACAAAAUAGAUGAUCUCAAUUUUAAUGUUGCAAUAUAAUUUUAUACAUUUGGACUUAACUUAAUAUAGUUAAGAAAAUUUGAUAUGAUUUCAAAUGGAGAUAAAGAUGGGCAUUAUGUUCGAAGGACUUCACCUGCUCAGGAGGCUCUAGAUGGAGGAAACACUUUAAUAACAAUUAGGAUGCGAUAGUGAAAUCUUGUAAUUAAAGCUUUAAAUCAACAAAGGGAGGACACAUUUAAUAAAAUACUAUACACAUGCUGUUGAAGGAGAUUAAACCGUAACUUUAAAUGAGAAAAGGGAGGACUUAGUUAAGGGACUACAAUACACAUGUGGCGGAGGAUUGGUGCUCUGUUGUAAUCUGAAUUUAAAAUUGUAUCUGCUAAUUAUUUCUAAUUUCUUGCAAUUGUAAAAAAACAUUAAUUGAAUCUUAAUCAAAAUUGAUUACAAGACUUUUGUUAGCAAACGCUAAAUGCAUUUUUAAAAUGAUGUCAGUGUUGAAAUACCUAUGAAGCUCAUGGAAUGGAAACAUUAAAGAUUUUUAGAGAUUACUAUAUAUAGCUACUGAACUAAUCAAUUUUAUAUGCACUCUUGUGAGAGCUGUUCCAGAAAUGAAUGAAAGGAGUUAUCAGAGGAACUUUUUGAUGAAUGUGGAUGUACCAUAUAUAUAUAUAUAGUAUCAACUGUUUUUCUGUGAAUCGGACCACAACUCGUAGAUAAGUUUGCCAUGACCAAGAAAAGUUUUAUCAAAAUUACAUAGGUUGCAGAAAGCGGUCUAUCUGUUCUGCUUACAAUUAGGAACAUAAGUAGAUCAGAUUCAAUUCAAGAUAUUGCCUUAAUUUUUUGCAUUGUUUAAUACAAACCACCAGCAUCGAUUAGAUUUUAUGUUCCUUCUGAUGCUCCCCUAUUCUUGCACACAGAAUGGUCUUGAGUUUUUAAAUGAUAUUUAUAUAUUUAUAUACAUACAUAAAAUGUAUUAAAGAAUCAUGUUUAUGUUAAAGCCCAGUGAUGAUUAAUGUUUGUUAAGACUGUGUCAGUUUUAUGUUUCUUAUAGUGAUUGGUGUCAAAUACAUCACUUUGGAAGAGCCCUCCUAUAUUGCUGUACAGUUGUGUGUAUUUGUUCUUCAAAUAUAAAGAUUAUGUAAUUAUAAUGUUAUAUUCUCUAUAUGUUUCUUUUUGUAUUCUUUCAUUUCAAGACUUUUAAUAUUCAUUGAUAAAUAGUGGUAGAGGAAAAUAUAUUUUUCUUCAGUUUUAAAUUGUUGGUUAAAAUAUCCAUUUUAUUGUUUUAUAGCAAUUUUAAAAGAUAAAAUCUUAGUUCUGUUCUUUGUAUGUGAAUCACAUUAAAACAAAUGUUGAGGAAAUUAAUAACAAGAUUCUUGUGUUGUCAGCCAAAUGUUUUGUUUUGUUUUUGUUUCAUAGACAUGAUACUGAUUGCAUAUAACUAUAAAAGUGGAUUAUAGAAUGUCUAAUUGUUAAAAAGUUGGGAGAAGUAAAAUAAAUAUUUUGGAUGCUCUGAUAAAUUUUAAGAAUGUCUACUGUGGUUUUUACUUUUUUCAUGAGAUGUUGAUAAUAUUACAUUGUUAAGUUUACAUUGUUAAACUGACUUUAUUAAAAUGAUAUUAUAUGGAA